AUGUUUCUAAAGAAGGUGAAAUCCACAUUAACGAGUUCGCUAAGAGUAUUCCAAGAGCAAUUGAAAUUCGAAAGAAAAUUCAGCAGGACUUGUGGGAAUUUGGUUUCAACAAAGUUUUCUCAUCAGACACUUUACUUUGUUCUUCUAAUUUCAGGUUCAAUUGGUGUGAUCUCGUUGCUUGUCUUAUCGUUGCACGAAAAUCUGCAUCUGGUUUUAGCCAUUUUGCUUUUAACAUCAGGGAGUGCUGGUGUAGCAAUAUCAGAUGUGACAAUAGAUGCAUGUGUUGCACAGAGCAGCAUUAGUCAUCCUUUGCUUGCAGCCGAUAUGCAAAGCUUGUGCGCCUUGAGUUCGUCUAUUGGCGCGCUCGUUGGAUACUCUAUAAGUGGUUUUUUACUCCAUCUUAUAGGUCCCAAGGGUGUGUAUGGCUUGUUGACGAUUCCAUCUGCUCUUGUUAUUUUUGUUGGGAUUGUGCUUAAAGAGCCUCACAUGCCUAAUUUCCAAUACAGACAGGUAAAGCAGAAGUUUCUGAAUGCUGGCAUUGCUAUGUGGACAACACUGAAAUCCCCAAGUGUUUGGAGACCAUGUUUAUACAUGUACUCGUCAUUCGCAUUAAGUUUGAAUAUCCUUGAUGGAAUGUUCUAUUGGUACACAGACGCCAAAGAUGGUCCAAGAUUCUCUCAGGAGAAUGUUGGUUUCAUAUUCUCAAUCGGUUCGAUCGGGUCAUUAGUGGGAGCUGUACUCUACCAAAAUGUUCUCAAGGAUUAUCCAUUUAGAGACUUACUUUUCUGGACACAGUUACUAUAUGGCUUUUCAGGAAUGCUAGACUUAGUGCUGGUUUCGCGAUUGAAUCUGAAAUUCGGCAUCCCUGAUUACUUCUUUGUAGUGAUUGAUGAAAGUUUAUCUCAAAUGAUUGGAAGGCUUAAAUGGAUGCCUCUUCUUGUGCUCAGCACAAAGCUUUGUCCUUCGGGUAUUGAAGGCACCUUCUUCGCUCUGCUGAUGUCUAUCGAUAACAUUGGACUUCUCUCGUCUUCGUGGGGUGGUGGCGUUCUGCUUCAUGUGUUGAAGAUUACUCGAACACAAUUCGAUAAACUAUGGCUUGCAACUUUGAUUAGGAACAUAUUGAGAGUUAGUCCUCUAAUGCUGCUAUUUUUGGUACCGAAAAAUGAUUCUAAAUCUUGCAUUCUUCCCAUGGAAAAUUUUGACAUAGAAGAGGAGACUGAAAUAGAAGAGGCAAAGAAUGUUGAAUUGGUUUCCCUUGUAAACAAUUUGGAUUAUGGUAGAUAGCCAAAACAGAAGAAUCUCUCAAUCUCACCCCACAUUGUGAGUGAGAGGAAAAGAGAAAUAGUUCAUCUAAUUAAUUAAUUAUUAUUACCAUUGUUAAUGUUGAUGUUAUUAAUAUAAUAAUUAUUGCCUAAAUAUAGAAGUCAAUUAGGACUCUUAUUUAUAUA